UUCUUCACAGACAAGAUGCUGACUCGCGUGGCCCUCACCACCAUGUCCUGGAUGCUGCUGUCUUGCCUGAUGCUCUUAUCUCAGGUGCAAGGUGAAGAUGCCAAGGAAGAUGUGCCCACUUCACGCAUCAGCUGCCCCAAGGGCUCGCGUGCCUAUGGCUCCUAUUGCUAUGCCUUGUUUAGUGUAUCCAAAUCUUGGUUUGAUGCAGAUCUGGCCUGCCAGAAGAGGCCAUCAGGACACCUUGUGUCUGUGCUCAGUGGAGCUGAAGCUUCCUUUGUGUCCUCCUUGAUUAAAAGCAGUGGUAACAGUGGCCAAAACGUGUGGAUUGGGCUCCAUGAUCCAACACUGGGCCAAGAACCCAACAGAGGUGGAUGGGAGUGGAGUAAUGCUGAUGUGAUGAAUUACUUCAACUGGGAGACGAAUCCUUCUUCUGUCUCUGGAAGUCACUGUGGGACCCUGACACGAGCCUCAGGAUUUCUGAGGUGGAGAGAGAAUAAUUGUAUCUCAGAAUUGCCCUAUGUCUGCAAGUUCAAGGCCUAGAGUACAGAGAUGACACCAUGUGUUGAUAUAUACCUCACCAAAUCAAGAACCCAAAUGGGAAGAUCAACAACAACAACAACAGAAAAAGAAUAUUUUCCUCACAGUCAACAUCUGACCUCCUAAUUUUCUACUCAUCUGCCCCUUCCUUCCUCUCAUUUGAGGCUCUUCUGUGUGUACUGUGGCCUGAGAUCUCACAGCACAUUAAUAAAAUAUAUAACUCACGCUCAUA